AUGGCAUCUGGGUCAUCGGGCCGGGUUAAUUCGGGUUCAAAAGGAUUUGAUUUUGGGUCUGACGACAUUCUCUGCUCUUAUGAAGAUUAUGGUACCACUAAUCAAGAUUCGUCUAACGGGUCUCAUUCGGAUCCUGUGAUUGGGUCCAAUUCGAGUAAGGAUUUUCACAAAAGUAGAAUGGCAAGGUCAUCAGCGUUUCCUGCUACUUCCUAUAGCCAGCCAGAUGAUUCUUUCAGUCAAGAUGUGGUCACUACUGUUGAGAAAAGCAUGAAAAGACAUACUGACAACAUCAUGCGUUUUCUUGAGGGUAUCAGUUCACGGCUGUCCCAGUUGGAAUUGUGUUGCUACAACCUUGAUAAAUCAAUUGGAGAAAUGCGAUCAGAUUUUGUUCGUGACAAUGAGGAUGCAGAUUUUAAACUUAAAUCCCUUGAGAAGCAUGUUCAAGAGGUGCACAGAUCUGUCCAGAUCCUAAGAGACAAGCAAGAACUCGCUGACACUCAAAAAGAAUUAGCCAAGCUUCAGCUUGCACAGAAGGAACCCUCUUCAUCAAGCCAUUCCCAAUCUAGUGAGGAAAAAGUUACACCAACUGCCUCUGAUCCUAAAACAACUGACAAUGCAUCUGAAAUGCGUAAACAGCAAUUGGCUCUUGCUCUGCCCCACCAGGUAGCACCACAACAACAGGCACCACCUCAUCCUCCACUUUCUCAAGCCCCACCUCAGAAUGUGGCACAACAGCAACCUUAUUAUUUGUCUCCUGCCCCAUUACCAACUCCAGCAGCUCCUACCCAACACCCUCAGAACCAGUAUCUACCUUCUGAUGCUCAGUACCGUACACCCCAAAUGCAAGAUGUCUCUAGAAUGGCAGCACAGCCAGCACAGCCACAAGUAAACCAGACGCCACAAGGCCAACAAUUUCCUCAGUAUCAGCAACAGUGGCCCCAGCAGUUACCUUUGCAAGUGCAACCACCUCAACAGUCCUCCAUGCAGCACCAGAUCAAGCCUCCAUCCACAACAGUUUAUGCUCCCUACCCACCACCAGGUCAACCAACAAAUCCGUCUCCACCAGAGACUCUGCCUAACAGCAUGCCCAUGCAAGUUUCAUAUUCAGGUGUUCCUCAAUCCUUGUCUAGUCGAGUUGAUACCAUGCCAUAUGGAUAUGGAGCUGGAAGAACAGCAGUUCCGCAGCAACCACAGCAACCUCCACCUCAGCAAAUUAAGGGCUCUUUUGGAGCACAACCAAGUGAUGUUUAUGCAACUGCUGGGCCUCAGCCAGGCCUGCCCCCAGCAAGUGCAUACAUGAUGUAUGAUGGUGAAGGUGGGAGAACACACCAUCAACCUCAACAACCCCAAUUCCCGCAGGGUGGAUACCCUCCUCAGCCAGCUGCAGGCACAGGUAUGCUGCCCCGCCAUUCAAACCCUUCACACUUCGUUCGUAACAAUCCCUACAGCGACUUGAUCGAGAAAUUGGUAAGCAUGGGUUUCCGAGGGGAUCAUGUUGUCAGUGUGAUUCAGAGGAUGGAGGAGGGCGGUGAGCCUGUGGAUUUUAAUGCUGUGCUGGAUAGGUUGAAUGUGCAUUCAUCUGGGAGUUCUCAGAGGGGAGGAUGGUCGGGUUGA